ACUGUUGAGAAACUCGCCAGUUUUCGAAUGAUCUUCCAAGUGUAACAAAAUGAGGAUCUUUUCAGUGACCAUUCUGUGUUUGUGCUAUAGUGGAAUUCUUGGAGAUCUCGAUUGGUGGAAAACUGCCAAUGUCUACCAAAUUUAUCCGAGGUCCUUCAAGGAUUCAAACGGUGAUGGAAUAGGAGAUCUCAAUGGGAUUACCGAAAGGCUACCUUAUUUAAAAGACUUAGGGAUUCAUGCUGCAUGGCUAUCUCCAAUUUUCAAAUCACCAAUGAUAGAUUUUGGCUAUGACAUCUCAGAUUUUCGUGAUAUUCAACCAGAGUACGGAACUCUACAGGAUUUUGAUCGUCUCUUAAAGAUAGCUCAUGAUCUUAACAUUAAAAUACUUCUGGAUCUUGUGCCUAAUCAUUCAAGUGAUCAGCAUGAAUGGUUUGUAAAGUCGGCAAAUCGAGAUCCAGACUUUGUGGACUACUACGUGUGGCAUCCUGGAAAGGAUGAUCCUUCUGAUCCUACUAAAAAGCUUCCGCCUAGUAAUUGGCUUAGUGCUUUUCGCGGAAGUGCUUGGAGAUGGCAUGAAGAAAGAGGAGAAUAUUAUCUUCAUCAGUUUGCCUAUCAACAGCCAGAUUUAAAUUACAGGAAUGCCAAAGUUGUGGAUGAAAUGAAAGAUAUUAUAAGAUUCUGGCUCAACAGAGGUGUUGAUGGGUUCCGUAUAGAUGCUGUGUUAUGUCUGUUUGAAGCGGAACCAGUUGAUGGUGCAUAUCCAGAUGAACCAAAGAGUGAAAAUACCGACGAUCCAGAUAAUCCGGAGUAUCUAAAUCACAUUUACACACAAAAUCAGCCAGAAACUGUAGAAAUGGUAUAUCAGUGGCGUGAAGUAUUUGAAGAGUUCACAAAUGCUGAUCAAAAUACAAGGCUUAUGCUAACUGAAGCAUAUUCAGAUAUAGACAUCCUAAUGACCUAUUACGGGGAUGGUGUUCGAAAAGGAUCACACGUUCCUUUCAAUUUCUUCUUGCUCACGCAUAUCAAAAAUGAUUCCAAUGCGAUUGACUUCCGCAAAGCUAUUCAGAUAUGGUUGGACAAACUCCCUGAAGAUUGCGUAGCAAACUGGGUUCUUGGGAAUCACGAUCAGAGGCGUGUGGCAUCGAGGUUUGGUACCCACAGAAUUGACAUCAUCAACAUGAUCCUCAAUACUCUUCCUGGGAUUAGUAUUACGUACAAUGGUGAAGAGAUUGGGAUGACAGACGUUUUCCUUACAUGGGAAGAGACAGUUGACCCUCCUGCAUGCAAUUCUAAUUCUGAGAUCUAUGACAAAUUUUCACGGGACCCUGCACGCACUCCUUUCCAAUGGGAUGAUAGUACCAGUGCGGGAUUCUCAACAAAUACGAAAACUUGGCUUCCGGUAUCCCCUCUGUACAAAGAAGUCAAUGUUAAAGUUGAACGUUCAUUUCCGAGAAGUCACUACAAAGUCUACCGGAAGCUUCUUCAAUUGAGGCGAACACCCACUCUUCAGAAGGGAAACGUUGAAACCCGGACUCACGGGCAGAAUGUACUGUCUAUCACUCGAAGUCUACCCGGUGAGGAUACCUUCAUCACAGUGGUGAACAUUGGACCUGACCACGAAAUGGUUGACCUAAGGGAACUCUUCUCUGGACGGUUGACCUUCCACAUCGUCUCUGUAUAUUCGAAAAGGCAUGAAGGGGAUCCUAUAAGAGGCCCAAUUUUGGAUUUGGAUCCGCAUGAAGGGGUCAUCCUUAAAGGAUUCCCUUAAACAUCCUAUCAGGCAUACUAUAAUAGUCGAUUGCAAAUUAAAUGUAAUUAGUAUUUUUUGUAAUUCAAUAAAGUUAUUUGAUGAGAUAUAA